AUGGUGGCAUAUAAUUAUUUGCCAUACAUGGAUUACGUUUUUGGAAAUGAGACUGAAGCAAGAACCUUUGCAAGGGUUCGUGGCUGGGAGACUGAAAAUGUUGAAGAGAUUGCUGUCAAGAUUUCCCAAUUGCCCAAGGAAUCAGGUACACACAAGAGGAUUACUGUUAUCACUCAAGGUGCAGAUCCUGUUGUAGUUGCUGAGGAUGUGAAGGUCAAAUUGUUCCCUGUUAUUUUAUUACCCAAGGAGAAGCUUGUUGACACCAAUGGAGCAGGGGAUGCGUUUGUUGGGGGAUUUUUGUCACAGCUGGUGAAGAAGAAGCCAAUUGAAGAUUGUGUGAAAGCUGGCUGUUAUGUAGCAAAUGUUAUCAUUCAGAGGUCAGGAUGCACAUACCCCGAAAAGCCAAAUUUCAAUUAGGUCCAUUUUUUGGACCGGAAGAGUUCUCUUUCCUCUUGUACUUAACAGAGGAUCGUACUAUUA